AUGGUUGCUGAAAUCGCUCUCUUUGACGAAUCUCUUAUCUCUCCCCAAGUCCAAGCCGCUUUACCCGAAGGCUACACCUUGCGUCCUUUGCGCGCUAAUGAUUACGAACGCGGUUUCUUGAAGGUCUUGGAAGUCUUGACUGAAGUUGGUAACCAAACCAAGGAAGAAUGGAUGGAACGCUUCAACUAUCUCAAGCAACACAACCAUGAAUAUUUCACCAUUGCCAUUUGUGAUGACCGCAUCGACAAGGUGGUUGCUGCAGGCACUAUCUUUGUUGAACGCAAAUUUGUUCACAACAACGGUCUCGUUGGUCAUAUUGAAGACAUUGCAGUAGACGGUCAACAACAAGGCAAGAAGCUUGGUCUCCGCAUUAUCCAGGCACUCAAGUACAUUGGUGCAAAGCGAAACUGCUACAAGGUCAUCCUUGAUUGCUCUGCAAAGAACAUCCCAUUCUAUGAAAAGUGUGGUUUUACACAAAAGGAAUACGAGAUGGCCUGGUAUGUCACCAAAUCCAACUUGUAG